CACUGGAGCCUCAAACUCACGUUUCGACGCCUUUUUUACCGAGUAAAGUUUUGCGCGUCGUUAAAGGAACCGUGAAAAAGUUUGAAACGUGGCCGAAAUGCGCCGAGCGGCUCCGCUGCCCGUGUUUGGACCGCGGGCGAACGGGCUCCGAGGUCGCGCAGACCCAGAGGCUUUUCAGCCGCUCCGAGGUCGCGUUUGUCCGUAAGAAUGAGAAAUAAAGCAUUAUUGUGAUUUGAGCGAGCCGUCCUCCAGAUCCCGCCCGCCUGGAUAUCACGAGUCACUGCUGUAACGUGCUUGUCUGCAGCCUCUCGGUUGACUCGACUUUCACCUUGUUUUUAACUCGAAUUAAUUUAACUUGCAGCUAUAAUGAUGUUUGUUUUAUUAAAAUGCCUAAAAAUUGCGGGACUCUAAAAUAAUAAACGUUCUUCUUCCUGUCGCCUGCGGAUAAAAGUCGGGCUUGUUUGUUGUUCUGCUUUAAGUAACUUUGAUUCCUUUUAUUGUAUUUUUGCCUUUUUACUGUCUCACACGUGGACGCAUUCGAAGGUUGAGCUUCACGAGCCGUUUCCCAGAAUGAUUAAAAUCGACGUUUUAACAGAUCCGAGGCGCGUUGCUCGGACGGACACUGAUUACGCGAAAUAAUCCGCGGAUUUAUUUUGUGAAACUGUGUUUCAUCUUUAAUGCUACUCCAGGCUGUGGCUCGGAUGGCAACACGUCCAUAUCAUUACCACCAGCAUUAAACUGUGAGAAUGGCCGAACAGGAGCCCGAGUCGCCUGCAGCGCUAAAGACGUUAUUAUAGCCACAAUUGGCUUUUUCGGAACCGGGGCCCAUCCGAACGGACGAUUUCUUUUUACAACUUUCCCCGCUGUGGAUAAUGGAUGGCAGAGAUUUUGGACCUCCCCGAUCCGUCCACGUUCCACCUCCGUUGCUGCCGGGGCUCGCGAUGGAGUCCCACCGCCUCGGAGCAGCGGCAGCGGCCGGGAGGAUCGCUCCCUCGCCCGGUCACUUGGGCGCGAGUCAUCCGCCGCCUCUCCAUUCUGGAAAAUUCCUGCCAUCGGCCAUUAACCUACAUCCACACCACAGCGACGCCUUCCCAGCAGGCUCCAGUCCCUUCCUGUCAGGCUUCCCCGGCCCUUUGACCUCUGACCCUGCGUACAGAUCGACCAAUCCCGGCAGCCUGCAGAUGGCUCAGCUCUGGGCGUCGCAUGCUCAUGAAGGUUUCCCUCCUCUGCCCAGCAGCCUGUACUCCAGCCCCUACUUGCCCCUGGGGCAUCUGGACCCGCCGCCCCUCUCCCAGCACCCGCUCUACGACUCGCAUAAAGAGGGCUUCUACCUGCCAGCCUCCCUGAGCCAGUCGCCCCUCCACCCCCCACCCGCUCCUCCGGCCGCGCCGUCCAGCUCCACGCCCCCUCAGAGGACGGCCCGCGACACGGGCAGGGAGCGGCCGUACCGCGGGGAGAGGGAGCGGCUGAGGGAGGAGCAGCGGCCGCACAGCGUGGUGGACCUGACGCAGGACGGGAGGAGCGAGGAGGAGCGCCGGGCCCGGAGCGGGGACCGGGACACGGAGCGAGAGCGGGAGCGGGACAGCUGGUUCCAUUCGCACCCCCACCAGCACAAACCACACCCUCAGGCCUCCUCGCUAGAGCCCAGAUCCCGGCCGUCGCCUCCACGUGGGGGUGCAGGGAGGUUCACCGGCCCGGAAACGGACCGAGGGGGUCGGGAUGAAGACGCUGCCCCUCGGUCCCACCAGAACCAUAAUUCAAAUAACUCGCACUCAGACAGACAGCGGAGGAACGACUCUGUGGCCACGCCGUCGGGGACGCUCCACAUUUCUUACGCGCUCCCCCCCUCCGUCGUCGCCGGCGCAUCCCACCCCUCAGCGCCCAGAGAGCCGGUCCGAGAGCAGCGGGUCAGCGCACCCACAUACGUGCCUUCUGUGGAGGUUUACGACGAGCGGGCCGGUCCCAUCCAGAUCGCCUCGCAAGCCCGCGACAACAGACACGGCGAGAAACACCGAGAACGAGAGCGUGAGAGAGACCGGGACAGGGAGGUCUACAGGUUUCCAGAGAGGAGCCUGCAGGACCACCCCCGACUCUCUCACUCUGGCGAUUCAAGCAAUCAGAGGGAGGAGGGUUCUGUCAUUUGUUCCAAUGGUUCCGUUGGUAAACGAGGUCAGGACACGUACUCCUCCAGUCAAUCAAGGUUCAGCCCAGAAACCAGGGACCUCUCUAAGCACUCGGGCCGACUGGGGGCGGAGCCUAAGUGGAGUACCAUCAGCCCGCUGGCGAACUACGCCACGAGUCACAUGGCUGCUUUGGCGGCGCAGCACGGACACGCGCUCCCCUCCCCCCACAGCCAGCCCAAAGCCACGCCCGUGGCCCACUCCCCCCACGCAGGCCACCGGCACGGCAGCAACCCCACCCCUUCCCCCCACACGCAGCCCUCUCCCCACAGGCACAGCCGGGCCGAGGAGGGCAGCCAGCGGCGCUACCUGGACCCGGCGGCGCUGUACCGGUCUGGGGGGUCCGGCGGCGGAGAGCGAGGUUCCGACCCGGCGGAGGUUUCGGCCAUGCAGAGCCUGAUCAAAUACAGUGGCAACUUUGCGGCGGACGGGCCGCUCGCUGCGGACGGACGGGGGCCCUUCGGGGGCCUCGGGAACAUCGGCAUGGAGGGCGAGCGAGAGAGGGAGCGAGAGAGGGACCGCGGCGGCGCCGGCCCGCUCCGGGUUCCUCCACAGCUGAAGAGGGAGCAGGAGCGGCCCGACAGCGCCCGCUCCUUCGGCCGCGAGGGCGAGGGGGAGGUGCGGCACCCGCCCGUCGGCAUCGCCGUCGCCGUGGCGCGACAGAGAGACAGCGGCAGAGCGAGCGGCGGCUCCUCGGACGCACAGAGAUCGCUGCUGCCGCCUGCCAUCAAAGACGAGGAGCGAGGGGAGGAGCGCGCCCGCCACCACGAGGACCGACUGCUGGGCGGCCGACUGGAGCGCGAGCAGGAGAAAGUCCUCCGCGAGUCCAAGGAGCUGGCGGAGUUCACGCAGAUGCACCCCGCCCCUCUGCCCGGCGGCCUGACGCCCAGCAUGCUGACACCCAGCCUCAUGACCCCCAACCUGAUGGUGACGGGAGGAGCGGCCCUGGCGGGGGCGGGGCGGUGGCCUCCCGACCCCCCCGCUCUGCCCUCCCACCCCUGGAUGCCUCGGCCUGGAGCCCCCCCACUGUGGCUCUCCAGCUCCCCUUACAGCCUGGGUCCGUCCUCGCUGCACCAGAGCCUCCCUCCUGGCUACCCAUCGUCCCUGCCCGGUUCCAUACCUCCUCCCUACCAGUUCGCCAGGGACCCACAGUCUGGGCAGCUGCUCGUCAUCCCCGCUGAACACCUGCCACACUACGGCGGCGACGUCCUGGAGCGCGGCGCCCCGGUCUGGUCGGGCGUUUACGGCGCCGGCAGCUCGCUGCAGCACGCCGCGCAGCUCCAGCUCCUCUCCCAGCAGCAGAUGCUCCGUCAGCAGGAGCUGCUCAUGAUCCAGCAGCACACGGCGCAGGUCCUGGAGCUGCAGAGGAACGCGCAGCUCGCCGAGCGGUUCAAGGUCAGCGAGCAGCGGCCGGAGCUUGGAGACAAAGCGGACAAGCGAAGCCUAGACCCCAAACCGCGUCCCGCCUCCGUGUCCUCUCCCUCACCUGUCCAUCACCCCCGCAAGCCUCCCCCACCGUCCCGCUCGCCAACCCCCUCCACGUCGUCUCUCACCCCGCUGCCUCCGCUCGCCUCGCCGGGGGCCACUCUGAAGUCUGAGGAAGGGGUGCAGAGAGUGUUGUCUCACCCGCCGUCGCCCCUCCCUCACCCGCCGUCCCCCCGCUCCGCCUCCCCACCACCGUCCUCGCCGCGGCGGCCCAAACAGGAAGCCGCCGCGGAGGGGGAGGUGGGACGGAGAGAGCAACGACCGGGGCAGAAGCCGACGUCGUUUCACAGCAUCUACUCUGAUCUGCCUCCAGGUUAUCCGUACCAGUCCAUCAGGGCUCCGUUCGGCUCGCCGUUCGCCCCGUAUCACAUCCCAGCAGAGGUGAAUACGGAGGUGGUUCCACUCCUCUGCUCCCGGUCCCCGCCGGCGCCUCUCCCCUCGGCUCGACUCCAUUCACGGCUCCUGGACGCAGGCGUCACGCCGCAGAGGGUGGAGGCGUCAAAGCCGGGCCCUUUCCUCAAACAGGAGCCCGGUGUGGAGCAACUGGACAUGACGCCCGAACCUCUGGGUCCUGUUGGUGCCAGCCGGGACAGAGAGGCGGACGGGGAAGCCCUGAAGCCCCAGCCUCAGCGGAUCUCUCUGUCCGUCAGUGCUCCACCACAGCAGAGUGAGACCAGGGAGGACGCCGACGAAGCAGGUCACAUCAAAAUGGAGGCGCCGUCCUACUCCUGUCACAAGUCCCGCUCCCAGCCUCCGCCGCUCACAGGCCCUGAGUCCAGCACAGAUGUCACGGAGGAUCCAGACCAAGCACGGCUUCCAUCAGGCUCCGCUGCAGACAGCCAGGAACUGGAUCCGCUGUGCGUCCCUGCAGAGCAGAGCAGCGGCGCUGUGUGUGAACAGACGCGGUCCGACACUCCACUCAGCUCACACACUCCUGGUCAGAAAGAGGAUGUCGCACAGAGUCCUGUCCACGCGCCUCCUACCUCCACCCCCCCUCUCCCACUGCUCUUGGAGCCAGAGGACCCCAUGGCAGGGAUGCUGGCCCUGCUAACGGCCAGUGAGAUGGCGAUGGAGGCUCGGCCCGGCACCCCACCUGCCCCCACACUUGUACCGCAAAUAGACGGCUCUCCUCUGGGUGCAGGCUACAGCAGAGCAGGGUCUCUGGAGAUGGUGGCGCUGGAAGGGAUGGCCCUGCUCAGCCAAAUGACCCAAAGCGAGAUGGAGCACAUCAGCCAGGAGCAAGAUGUGACAUUGGAGGGUCUGGACUGUCUUCUUGAAGCAAGCAGACAGAUCCUGUUGGAGGCCAUAGAGAAACAGUCCCACAUUAAUCUGUCCAGGAUGCUGGACCCCAACAAGAAAUACAGCUGGAGGCAGAGGAAGGAUGAACCGCUGUAUGAAAAGAUGUCUAUGGACAUGCUGGACGCCGUGGAGGUUGAAUACCGCGUCCGCCUGGCGGAGCUGCAGAAGACCUACAAGGAGAAGCAGCGGGAGCUAAGCAAGCUACAGAGACGCACAGACAAGCGUGAGCGGCAGCAGCAGGAAGACGAGAGGCAGAGUCUGACCAGACGGGGCAGAGGGCGGCCGAGGAAGAGGAAGCACACGACCACACCUACCAAACUGGACAGCAGGUCUGGAAAGUUGAGUAGGACAGUGCAAUACUCUGAGGACUCUGAAGCCGGCGAAGGACAGAGGAAGAAGUUCCGAGUGUCCAGAGAUGAAGAGGAUUUGGAGGCUGGAAGUGGUGGAGGCAAAGUGAAGAAGAAGAAAAAGAAGAGCUGGACUGAGCAGGAGCCGUCCACGAGUCACGCCCUGGAGCAGGUGAUGAAGGCGAAGCACAGCCACGUGUGUGAGCAGGAGCAGCUGGCGUCGGACCUGGACAGAGCUCUGUCGCUGUCGCAGCUCGGCUCGCUCGGCGCCGUGCGGAAGCCUUCCUCCUCGGCCAAACCGGACAAGUCCAAGGGGAAGUCGGCCCCGAGCCGCAGCAGGGAGCGCAGCCGCCUCCACCCCUCCACCAAAGGAGGGAAACACAAAACGGGCGCCAAGGCGUCGGCCUCCGACACCGUCCGCAAAGCCAAGGGUCCGGAGAAGACGCCCGUGUUCUCCCCCUCCAGAUCAGAGCUCAGCAGCUGCUCCAACAACUCUGAUUCAGAGGAGCUCAGUUCGACCCCCGGGGGCUGGCCCCCUCUCUCAGGCACUCGCUCCCAGAGCGGCCUGGCCAGAAGGAGACGGCCCUCUCCGCCGCCGCCGUCCAGCCAGAAGUCCCGCAAGAAGAAACACAAGCACUUAUCCCUGCUGCUGGAGGAGGCCGGCCUCAGCUCCUCCGACGACUCCUUUGACCAAGAGACCUCCGAGGACGACGAUGACGAGAACGAGAACUCGGACGGCGGCUGUGAGGAGAGCGGGCUGGGUCUGCUGGCCCGGUUCGCCGCCAGCGCGCUGCCUGUCGGUCCGGCCCCUUUGAGCCUUCUCCAUGAAGGCAAAAGCCGCCGGAGGCAGAGCACUCUGGGUUCUUCAGAAUGUGAGUGGUCAGAUUCGGGCUCAGACUUGCGUCUGAGGAAGUUCCCCUCCCUGCUGCACGGCAAACGCUCGGCCCCAGAGCUGCCCCUGUUGCCCCCGGCAACCCGCCGCAUCGACCAGACCAGCCCCACCAAACGGGACGAGGCGCCGCCAGUCAAACGCAAGCCUCUGCCCAAGCCGCGGCCCUCGCCCCGGUCCCCGCGCAGGUUCAGCUUCGACCUCGGCUCCGGCUCCGGCUUCGGGGGCUUCAGCGAGGACGAGGGCUGGAACCGGCGGCGCAGCGAGAGGAUCUUCCUCCACGACGCCACCGCCUCAGCCUCUCAGACGGCUGCCUCCACAUCCGCUCCCACCGGUCAAACCUCGUCCACUUCCAGCUCGGCGCCCCCUCUGACCCCAAAACCUGCCUCCAGACCCAAACCCGCUACGCCGAGCAGGGACGGGAAGGACGCAGUGAAGAAAAAGAAGCCGAAGGACUCUCCGCUCCCUGUGAGCCCGUCCAGCCUGUGCAGCCCCGUCACAGACGGACCUCUUGCUCUGAGCCUCAGCCCGGCACGCAAGAACCAGACAAAAGCCAAGACCAAGGCCAGGGAGCAGUCCAGGGGCGCCGUGAGCCGGCUGAUGGAGAGCAUGGCGGCGGACGAGGACUUCGAGCCCAACCAGGACAGCAGCUUCAGCGAGGACGAGCUGGUCCCCCCGCGCAGCACCAGCGCGCCGGAGCGCUCGUCCACGCCCGCCCCAGUGCAGUGUGUGCUGGACAAAGACGCUCUCGUGGACGGGCUCCGGGUUCUGAUCCCGAUGGACGACCAGCUGCUGUACGCGGGACACGUCAACACCGUGCACUCUCCUGACAUAUACAGCGUGGUGGUGGAGGGCGAGAGAGGGAACCGGCCACACAUCUACUGCUUGGAGCAGCUGCUGCAGGAAGCCAUCAUCGACGUGAAGCCUCCGUCCGUUCGCUACCUCCCAGAGGGAACCCGCAUCGCUGCCUACUGGAGCCAGCAGUACCGCUGCCUGUACCCCGGCACCGUCGUCAACGGAAGCUCAGAUAUGGACGAGAACGAUGACCUCAUCACGGUGGAGUUCGACGAUGGGGACACGGGCCGGAUCCCCCUGUCCCACAUCCGGCUGCUGCCGCCAGACUACAAGAUCCACUGCGCUGAGCCGUCCCCGGCCCUGCUCGUCGCCAGCUGCUCCAGGAGGAGAGUCCGCAAAUGCAGCAAAGAAGGCAAAGAGGCCGGAGCCAAAGCGGAGGAGACUCCGAAGAUCAAGGGAAAACCUGGACGGAAACCCAAAGCCAAAGCAGACACAUCCGUGAACCCAGACAGAGGUGAGAAAGCCGAUCCGGCCCCGUCCUCCACCCAUCCCCCAGAGAGACCCCCGUCCUCCACCAAGCCUGCGCAGGACAGACCCUCCUCUGGCCAGAAGGCAACGCAAGACAAGCCACGAGCAGCGUCCCGGCCCACGAUGGGAACACAGGCCAAAGCAGGCCUCAAAAGCUGCCCCAGCUCUCCCAGCAGCCCCAGCCUUCCCAGGAAACCCAGCUCCGCCCAGCACCCUGCUGCUAAAGCCGCCUCCCUCUACCCCUCCACCUACGGCAAGGUCCUGACCGUGGAUCUGUACAGCGAGCCCAACCUCACCUCAUACAACAACCAGCGCAGGGAAAGAGAAGGCAGCAGCAGCAGCAGCAUCAGCCCCACCUCCAGCAGAGCCGUCUCCAGACCUGUGUCGUCUAUGAAGCCCAGCGCUUCAUCCACAUCCAGACCCAAAGCAGCCAGACCCAGCCUCAGCUCUGGCCUCGUACCCAGGCUGCCAACGGGCAAAUCCAGCUCGUCUCUCACUGCCAGACCAUCAUCAUCCUCCUCCUCCUCAUCAUCUGCCCCCAGGCCUAAACCGAAGACGUCGGAGGACCAGCUGUCCUCCAGCUCCAGGCCCAUGUCCAGAACCAAGCCCAACUCAGGGCCCAGUGACGCGGGCUCAGCAGUGAAGCGCAAGCCUCCGUCUGCAGAGCCCCUCGUGAAACUCGACCACGAAGGCGUCACCUCCCCCAAGACAAAGAAGACCAAGGCUCUGAUGCUGCUGGAGGGUCGGGGGGUCAGACGAGAGCACACGCCCAUCACCUCAGCCUCCAGUCAGAAGCUUCUAAAGGCCAAAGCCAGAGCUCCUGCCAGAGACGCCAGCCCACCCGGCAAGGAGUCCGCCUACAAGGCAGCGGCGCUGGCCAAGGACAAGGAAGAGGCGCGUGGAAGUGGUGCUAGAGGAACGGAGACGGAUGCAAAAGAGGAGAAGGGUAAAAAAGACGAAAGAAAGCAGGCGGAGAAGCGAGAGGAGAGAAAGAUGAAGGAGGAAUCUCAGAGCAGCAGCAGCUCAGAGUCAGAAGAGGAAGGAGACAAAGGGACAGUUAAGAAAAAGAAGAAAUGCACUUCCAGCUGCUCUUCCUCCUCCUCUUCCUGCUCUGGUUCCUCCUCUUCAUCUUCGUCCUCUUCAUCCUCGUCCUCGUCUUCCUCUACGGACGACUCGUCCUGCAGCUCAGAUGAAGAGAGAACGCCCACACCUCCACCAGGCCCCAAAUCCCCCCCCCCAGCGCAGGACAAACAAGACGAAACAAAAGAGGAGGAGGAGGAGGAGGAGGAGGAGGAGGAGGAGGAGGAGGGGAAGGAGGUCGAGGUCAAAGUGGAGGAGGAUGAACUGUGUCCUCCCUCUCUAUCCCCCACCUCCUCAAUGUCUCCAAGUGCUGCUGCUCCUGCUAAACUGGCUAAACCUCCCCCCGGGAAGGGCUCCGGCCAAAGGGGCCGACCUCCCAAACCGAGGCCCGGCGGUGACGGGGGGAAGGCGGGUCGGCCGAAGCGGAGGGAGGGGGUCCACCUUCCCACCACCAAGGAGCUGGCCAAACGCCAGAGGCUCCCGAGUGUGGAGAACCGCCCCAAGAUCUCCGCCUUCCUCCCAGCCCGACAGCUCUGGAAGUGGUUUGGAAAACCCACCCAGAGACGCGGCAUGAAGGGAAAAGCCAAGAAGCUCUUCUACAAGGCCAUCGUGCGCGGCCGCGAGAUGAUCCGCAUCGGCGACUGCGCCGUGUUCCUGUCCGCCGGCCGACCCAACCUGCCCUUCAUCGGCCGCAUCCAGAGCAUGUGGGAGUCCUGGGGCAGCAACAUGGUGGUGAGGGUCAACUGGUUCUACCACCCGGAGGAGACCAACCCCGGCAAGAAGCUCACCGACAAGAAGAACUGGGAGAAUAUGUGCGGCCAGUCUUCAAUCCACAGGAAAGACUUCAUGGAGCGCGCCCUGUACCAGUCGUCCCACAGCGACGAGAACGACGUGCAGACCGUCAGCCACAAGUGCCUGGUGGUGAGCGUGGACGAGUACGAGCAGAUGACGCACACGCGCCGCUACGCCGACAGCGAGGACCUCUACUACCUGGCCGGCACCUACGAGCCCACCACCGGCAUGAUCUUCAACACGGACGGGGUGCCCGUCAUCUGCUGAGGGGACCGGACCCGACCGGACCGGACCCGACCCGACCCAACCCGACCCAACCGGACCCGACCGGCAGCCAGCAGAUACUGCUUCUACUGCAACUACUACUACACAGACUGGAGACACUACAAACAGUAUUAGCAACGGAUCGCGUCUCCUCUAACAUUUGCACACUGUGUUCAUCAGAGCACAGAGCACGUCACAUGUAAAUACACACACAUGCACAUGCACCUGUACAUACAACGAGCCCUCACCGUUAUAUCGAGGAAAUGAGUGUUUUAUUUUCAUGUAAUAGAUUUAUGUCAGAGUAGUUUUUUCUAAAGAGGUAAACAGUCAAGAAGCUUUAAUGAACUGUGAACGAUGAGGCCGGUGGUCGGAUGUUGUGCUUAUGAUGUUGCUGUGAUGAUGUUCCAGUCAUAUAAAUGUGUGUAGAGAACAGCAGGAGCAACCGACGGACGCGAAGCAGGGAGAGACUGUCCAACAGAGAGCACUUAAAAACCCUGGGAGUUCGUCCUCCUCCGAUUGAACCCUGACAAUCCUCCGGCGGACGAGCCGCCGUUGGGACUCGCUCCGCACUCAGAGACUCAGGCUGAAGAGAGAGGAAGGUUUCUGUCACAACACUUUCAUUUUCAUCCAUGAGUUCCUUGUGUUGAAGGAGAAAUCCGUCCUCAGAAACACUACGACGCGAUGGCGGACGCGGAUGCGGACGCCGGCUCGUCCUGGUGACUACCGCCCGCACCCCCCGAUGCACUGACCGGGACGAGCCGGCGCCGCGGCCGCAUCGAGGCCGGUUCCCUCCUCGAACCCGUGUCCAGCGUUCAACACUGCAGUUGUUUGGCCUCGUUUGUUAACAGCUGCAGUGUUUCUAACUGGACGCCCUGCGUUCAGCACGUUUCCUGCUUCUUUUGCUUCUUUUUCACGUCUCUGACUUGAGCGGGACUCUGAGCCCGGCCACGUCCCGCUCCGUUUCCCUCCCAGCGCUCUCGGCUGCUUUCGUGCCUGGUUUAACCGUGUCCUAGACUGUUGAAUGUUGUGCUCAGGGUUGUGAGCGUUUCAGGCGGCCUUAUUCCCCCCGCCCCGUAUAGUUAAAGUACCCCCAGAAUCAGACACAGUGAAAUGUGAUCAUCAUGUUGCCGUUCACUCUCUCCUGCAGAGAUUCUAGAUUGCCUUGUUGAUAUUCAAUAAGUUUUAAACUCCUCUCUCGAGACCUUCUGUCUGAAUUUGCAGAAGGUUUUAUUAGUUGGUGUAUUUUUGGAGUGAGGUUCUGGCAGGUUCUCGUUUCCCGGCGGCCGCUCGCUGAGGGACUCUUUGGUGAAGCCGCCAGUCCGGUGAAGCAGGUACCGAGCGAGCGGCUCCACGUGCCGUUUCCAAACCCUCAUUUCUGCUAGAGAACCUUGGUUCCACCAGACGCCCCGUUCUGAAUGUUUACCCCGGAGCCGCUGAAGCACUUUCCUGCGUUUGUGUGCGCCACCGCGUCGUGGAGCCGUUGCCUUCUGGUUUGAUCCCUAAAUCCAGCCUCAGGCCUUUGAACAGGGUCCAACACAAACACGCAGCGCCCGCGCCGCCUUCCUUCACCCCGUGUCAUACGGUUCUUUAUCACUGUUUGUGUUUCUGUCUUUUGCAUGUUUGUCCUUUCUUUAUUUGAGUUUUUCCAUCCCUUGCUUCCCCUCUCUGAACAAUCAUCCGCGCCUCUCAAGCAGUAUUACUGCUGACAGGCACUGGGAGCUAGCUGCUAGAGAGAGAGAGGAAUGGGAGAGAGAGCAAACGAGAGAAUGAGAGAGAGAGAGAGAGAGAGAGAGAGAGGUGGACUGGAGGCUGGUUCUUCAUCUGCUGUUCCUUCAGUAUCGUUAUCGUCCUGUUACAGAAAAAGACAAUUAUUUUGAAAACAGAAAAAUGAUCUAAGUUUUGUAAAUGAUGCUUCACUAUCGAGGAGAAACGGAAUCAGAAUAUACUUUGUACACAGCCAAUCUUGUAAAAAUGCUAAAUAAUAGACUUUAGAGAGAAAUGUGGAGCCAGACUGAUUUGGGCCCUGUACUGUACGUGUACGGAACCUUUGUCUUUUUUUUUUUUUUUUUUUUUUUUUUACAGACAGCAUCUAUGUUUAUCAGUGUUUCUUUUAAUCUGUUUAAGUAACUCAAUAUUUUAUAGUUAAUCAAUAAACAGAUGGAACUGUA